AAAAUAAUUUAUAAAACUAAUUAUCAAAACGAAAAAGUAUUUAUAAGCUCAUCGCCUAAGGAUGUGCAACAAGCAUGUUAUCGUAUUGCGGUUGUUGGCCAAUCAUGAUGUAUUGUUAUCUUCAAUUAUUAAGCGAACAGUAAUAAUUAACAGCCGUACGAAUAUCGAUAUGUAUGUCAGAGCAAAAACAGUAUUAAUAAUCGCCGUCUAACGUGAAUAUUGAUGACCAUUAAACGAGUAAAGAUAACUAUUGCAGAUGACCCCAAAACCAGGAACCUGUCGAGAGGAACCCUCGGGGGGGCUAAGUUCCAACUUUCCUAUAUGUCCUCUUGUGCCACUUUCAUGUUUAGCCGCGUUGCCGUUUCCUUUCCAUUACGUGUGUGCAUAAUUUAUGUACGAUGGACAUAAUUUUAUUAUUGAACUCACAAUCCAUAUGUGGUGUGCACGAGUUAACCGAAGUUAAACGUUCACAUAAAAUUAAUCAGUUAUCGUUUAACAUCUGUUUACAUCUGGUUAAAAAUGUGUCAGUGGACCUUCAGCAUAAUAUGACUUUUUGUUCGCAUUCGGAUGAUUCAUCUGUCAUGCACACGUCAACGACACGCGCAGAUAAAAUAACGAUAUUUUGCGUGAAAGCGCACACAGGCAUUUAGCCAUAGACGGUUUUUUUUAUUCUGAAUUCCGAAAUAGGCUUAUAGUACAGGGGGAAAAAAAAUACCAAUAGUUUAUAAUCAUCGACCAUAACGACAAUUAGUUACGAAACACGGCGGAUUCGUUUUAUUUUAAGUUCUAGGCGAUUUUCGUCAUAAAAACAAUUUUCUGUUGAAGUUUGCAAUAAUCAGUCAGUAAUUUGUUUCACUAAAGACAAUUUCGCAAUAAUGAAAAAAACUCACAAUGCAUUUACACAACACAAAAGUAAAAAAAAAAAAAAGUGUCCAAAAUGACAAACCAUCGACUAAUGUCGACUUACGUUGACUUAUAUUUUAAUACAAUAAAAAAUAUAUUAAAUCCAGACAGAACAUUAAUAUACAAUUGAGUUGGUAUGGAAAUCGCGUUGUUCAAAGAUGUUCGAGCUUCAAAUCGUGUCAUUGUAAUCGGCUUUUGAUUACAAUAGCGAUUGCCGAACAACAAAUGGCUAUAGAUACAAUAUAUGUCUGAUACUGCGGUAACGGUACGUUGUUACGUGCGUGCCAUAGUUGGAGAUUUUCUUCGGCGAAGGUACAGGUACAUAUAUAGACACGGACACGUCUGGUUCGAGUUAAGGCGAUUUAGAGUCGUUUAAAUAUGAAUUUUUCUCAAUGAAAAUACGGUAACAGUUAUUGCAAACACUAUCCGAUUGUAAGGGGCGGAUAAUGUACUACGCACAUGACGUCCAAAGAAAAUAUGUAACACAUAAUAUGUUUAUAUUACAUACCUAAACGCAUAGCGCACUUAUACCGACUAUACGUUACGUUUUAAGACCAAUAAAUUGAAUUGCAGUAGUAAUUUAUUGAUAUUACAUCGGACGUAAUGCACACGUAGCAAUAAUAUCAAUAAUAUAUUGUUCGGAAACGAUAAUAAUAAUUUAAUACGAUUUAACAUAUAAUCGUACAAUAGAAUACAGUGACUAUUCGCGCGCGCAGAGUACACAAUGACCGACGAAGUGCCACAAUGGUCAAGAACUAUUGCAAAUAGUACGACAAUCGGGUUGUAUCGAAAACUAUCAAUGAAUGACGACUAUACAAAAUCAUCACGUACUGUCGCUACAAUCCCUGCAGGAAAUUAACAUAGAAACAUAGUCAACCGUUAUCCUUUACUCGUAAGCGUUAAUCAAAAAAAAAGUGUAGGCAUUUGGAUUUUUAGCAUCUCAUAAUACAUCUUCAUAAUACUGUAUCAUAAUAUCCUGUUUAAGACAGUUAAUUUAGUUUGAAACACAUUUUAAGUACUAUAAUAAUAUUUCGAACGUCGUCUACCAUCCAUUUUAAAGGAUCACACACGUAUUAUACCUACAUCGGCUACAUUGUCCAUACGUUUCGACACGUCACAUAUUAUGAUUGUAGACAACCAUAAUUUUUCAACCAAAAGUAUAACGGUGGCACAAGUUCUUAUUUUCAGUAGAAUACUAUAUUGUAACGAAAAUAUACGCUCUCGUUCCCCGGUACACUGCAGUAGACCAGUGUGUACUGCAAAAUAUUUUGUUGCGAGUGCAAUAACGGAGACGCAGUCGGCGGUCUCGUUAUCGGAGAGUUAUUGAUACAUAGGGACACAAUCCCUUCCUCUCUCUCUCUCUCUCUAUUUUCUAUUCGCGCUGCGGUAACGGGGCUAAUUUAUGCGCGAACAUAACGUUUUUUGUGCCGUUUAACGAGUGCGCAGCGAACAAUGCUUGAUUCGCUUCGGUACAAAAAGUUGCGGCGGAUUGCGGGCGUCCGAUACGUUUAUACUUAUUGCUUAUACAUGUAUACAGUCUCGUGCUAUUAAUGCAUUGUUCCGGGGUACGGACGAGUCUUACGAUGAUUACUCGAACUAACCUGAAAUCGUCGUCGCUGAAUAAUGUGCACUGCGGAAUUGGAUGAUAUUUGCUAACAUUCGGGUUGACUUUUCUUUUACUCGGGGUCCGUGUCGAUUAUCUUUGCGAUUUUAAUACACGGGGGAUACGUGCACAACAUUAUGGUACCUACCGCAUAUUUUGAAGUAAAAACCACGAUGUAGUGCGCAACAGAAACCUACGCGCAUAGAUAUUUUGGUAAACUACUUUUUUGUUGUUGCCGCCGCGGUUGCAGUUCUUCCGGCGAACUAUUUACGGCCGACAUGUCCGCCGUCGGAUAUCACGUAUCGUGAACGUGUGUGGAGAAGUGGGAGACGAUCUCGAUUAUAAGGAUUUUUUUUUGAAAAAUAUCGCCAAUCAAGGUUAUCCUAGGUUGGGUACCACAGACGCGUAUUUAAGGAAAAACAUGGUCAAAACCGAAAGAAAUAAAAAUAACUGAAUAAGAUAACUAUUGACGGUAAUUUAAAGAUUACAUAUCAGAGUACAAAGUUCAGUUAGAUAAACAAUCUUAGUGAUGACAAAUCGAAUAGUAGAUACCCAAUCUAUUUGUUCACCACAACUCACAAGUGAAUACUAUAAAUAGUGUUUUAUAGUUUUGCCUUAAUAUAAUUUUGUUUUACACUUCAUAUUUAAGUAGUUUAUUACAUUAAAAACAAACGUUAUUUGUUAGUUAUAAAAGAUGGAAUCUAUCCCUGGAGGAUCUCGAUGUAAUGAUAUUGUUCUUAGUAGAAGAGACUUGUAUACAAUUUUAAAAGAAGGUUCAACAAAAUCGAAACAUCCACAUGGAAAUUAUGAACACUUAACAAAAUAUAUACUAGAAAUUACUAAAUAUCCAAAUGAAUUACCGAAGGAUAUAAAAAAGGUUUUAUCUUAUUUUAUUUCCCAGUUUAAUACCAAAUGGUCUGCAUCAUCUCGAAACGUAGAUUAUUUUUUAAAAAAAAAUUUUGGUUGGUUGGAAACUAAAAUAAGUUUUCCUAUGUACAAAGCUUCUUCAUUUUCUUCAAAUGAUAUGAAAGUUAAGGGUGGAAGACCAAAAGUGUAUUUCUCUAAGAGUAGUGAACGUACAAAACGUAGAAAAACUCAAUUAUUAAGGUCCGAGGUAGGUUCUUUAGAAUUAUCUUAUGCGGCUCAGAUGAGUCUCCGUGCAAGUGGCCAGUUAGAUGCUGCUAAUGUGAUAAAAGAUGUGACAUUAACAACACCUAAACGAGCAGAAAAAUAUAGAAAGGCUUAUAAAGAAACGUCAAAAUCAGUUAUGCCACAGAAGUAAUUACUAUUGAAACCAAGAACAAAGAAAAUCAAAUAAAAUCAUUGAUUCCUUCUUCUUUUAUUUUUAAUGAUCGUGAAGUGGUAGUAAAUUAUCAAUUAUUAUUUACAAUGGUCGACGGAAAAGUAUGCAAUGCAGUGUGUGAUAAUAAAUCCACGUUAAAAUGUUACAUUUGUGGUGCAACAUCUAAGGAUUUUAAUGACAUUAAUAAUAUAACUCGUAUAAGAAUCGACGAAUCGAACAUAAAGUUAAAUUUUGGGCUAUCUAUAUUACAUGCCUGGAUACGA